AUGGCAGUGUCCUGCCCGGAAGUUAUGUACGGAGCAUACUACCCAUACCUGUACGGCCGUGCCGGACCUAGUCGACCCUUCUACCAGUAUGAGCGGUUCAACCAAGACCUCUAUUCGUCAUCGGGCGUCCCGCUGGCGGCAUCAUCCAGUACAUCCGCCGGUUCUCAUUCGCCCUGCAGCCCCCUACUUCCACCGUCGAUAUCCUCGAACGUAGUGGCGGCUGCGGCAGCCCAAACCUCGACACUCUCUGCCUCUACAUCUAACACUACGAUACCAACAAUUCCUCUGGGCGCACUCCAGAGGCACCUUACCAAAGAGGAAGACAUCAGCACGGCCCGAAGUGAUACGGAAGGUACCAUCCCGGGAGCCCACAACGACAGCUCCUGCUCGUCGGGACCGGAUUCGCCAAACAACCUGCACCAGGAUGGAAGCGGGGCUGCCGGAGGAGCAGGCGGCGGCGGUGGUGGCAGUGGGGAAACAUCCGGCGGUGGGGGCCGAGCGCAGUACUUAUCCGCCACUUGCGUAGUGGUUACCCAUUAUUCUGGCGAUGCGGCCAGUGUGGUGGACGAACACUUCUCUAGAGCAUUAAAUUUUAGCGAUAAAAAUAACAAAGAAGGUUACAGUUCCAUGUCGAGUAGAAAUUUUCCUCCCUCUUUCUGGAAUAGCAACUACGUUCAUCCUACUCCUGCGCCUACACACCACCAGGUUUCCGACCUCUACUCGACCGACGGGGGUUACUCGACGGAUCCGUGGCACGCGGCCCACUACGGUUCAUAUGCCCACGCAGCGCACGCACAUGCCGCCCACGCGCACGCCUACCACCACAAUAUGGCGCAGUAUGGCAGCUUACUGAGGUUACCACAGCAAUACGGACACACGUCUAGGCUUCACCACGACCAGCAAGCGGCACACGCCCUGGAAAGUGCAGCAGCGUAUUCUAGUUAUCCCACAAUGGCAGGACUCGAAGCACAGGUGCAGGAAUCGUCGAAGGAUUUGUACUGGUUCUAGAUAGUUAGUAAAAUUUCGUAAAAUAAGCAGGCAGCAGGCAUCGAAUUAUUCGGCUAAAAC